AUGGCUUCCACCACUGCCGACUCAGAAACCCCCGUCUUCCACAUCGGUACCCGCGAUAAGCGUGCGGGCUGGUACACUCCAACUCUGGAAAAUGUCACACCGGCGCAACGAGAUCUAUUAGAAAAAUAUAGCCACCUCUCCUCCGAUCGAGUGAUACCGCACAUUCUAGAAGUCCGUGAUCGAGCAUGGGAAAUCCACCCGUAUCCAUGUAUCGGCGAGCUGCGCUUCAUCGACCUAAGCAUGAUGAACACGCCUUCUUAUCCUCAAGUUCUCCAGCGGCUAAAAGAUGGUGCCUCCCUUCUAGACCUCGGUUGUUGCUUUGCACAGGACUUGCGAAAGCUGGUUCAUGACGGGGCACCUGCGACGAAUCUCUGGGGUGCAGAACUAGAGCAGGAGUUCAUUAACUUGGGAUAUGAGCUCUUCUUGGACAAGGAGACAUUCGGAGGGCAUUUUAUGCAGGCAGAUGUGUUUGAUAUGGAAGGACCAUUGAAGCAGUUGGACGGAAAGCUGGAUAUGGUUCAGGUUGGUCUCUUUCUGCAUUUGUUCUCUUGGGAGGGGCAAGUGACCGCCUGCAAACGGAUCGUUGGCUUGAUGAAGCCCAAAACUGGCACGCUUAUUAUUGGGCAGCAAAUUGGUGUGUUGGAAGCUAAAGAGGUCACUGUCGCGGGUGGAAAGAGGGUGAUGUUUAAGCACAACGUGGAAAGUUUCGAGAAGAUGUGGAAGGAGGUGGGCGAGAAGACUGGAACAGAAUGGCAAGUUAGGGCAUCUAUGGAUGGUGGUUUGGGAAUUACCGAGAAGGGCCGAGCAUGGGAUGAUCCAACCACGAGACGACUCAGCUUCGAGGUGGAAAGAAUAAAAUGA